GAGGUGGGGGGGUCUAUGUGUUUCACAUGCACACCGACAUGCAUCAUGUGUGCCGCAGGGCUCAGAGUGCCCCAUCCCCCUUCCGCCCUUAUAGAACAUGUCCCGGUCUACUAUAAAGUCUUUACAUCGUGUCCGUCUUGUGCUUUCUCCCCUAAACCCGUCCUAGAGCCCGGUGCAGCUGCAGGUCUUCAGAGCCUCCCCAGCUCAUCCCUCUUUUUGGCCCCACCUCACACCACAUCAACAGACAUGAUCAUCAGACUGGGCAGGCUGACACCUGGAUACUUCCGCCUCCUCCAGAGGCAAGUCGCCGGUGAGGUGCAGACUCAGCCACAGGACCGCGCCGUCAACCAGAUAGCCAUGAUGCUGGCCAUCAUGGGCCUGAGUUUGUCCUACUACAGCGCCAGGCAGAUGACGGAGAAGGUCCAGGUCCAGCCUGCGCCCUGAAGCGACUCGACUACCUGUGAUCGUGGAGAUAACGGAUGAGCCAAUGAGAAGUGAAGGAGGUGGAGCGAGGAGGGGUUGG